AUGGACAGUUUUGAUUCAGUCGGUCAAUACCAUCAGGACACAGAGUCCAAGUGGAGAGAUACUCUUGAAGAACAGAGUCUGCCUUUUGUCAACUACCACUCGUCGCUCUUGGAGUUCACGAAGCAGCAGAUGGACAAAGACAAGGAUCGGGAAUUCAAGAAUACUGACAACACCAUUUGCAAGUCAUUUGCAGACGUGACCAGUCCUGUGUUCAAUGUGGGCAAGCUGGUGUACAACAUGAGUCUCAAGAAGUGGUAUAAAGUCAUUGAUCUCAAAGUUGACGAAUCGAACCGUCCAAUCUGGGCAAGUUUGGUCACCAGAAAUAGUUCAGAAAUCAUCGAAAUUUCUGAUGAUGAGGACUUUGAUCAGUUCACAAAUAAUUUGGAUAUUUAUGUUAAUAUCUACUCAGACACCGGCAAAAGUUCUUUGGUCGAAGCAAGUCUCAAGAUAUACGAGAAGAUUGGAGUUGGACUUGACCAAGCCUUUGAGGCUGUUGGACUUUCAGCAAGUUCAUAUAAGUUCUUCUUCAACAAGAGAGAAGUUCUUAAAGAUGAGUCUCUUAGUGGUAUCCCAGAUAUACACUGUGGGGAUUGUAUUAUUGCUUGUCAAGGUGUUGGUAAAGUCUAUAAGUUUUCGAGGUUCAAAAAUGACGUUAAGAACUCUUCUUGGUCCAAUUGUGGAAGGUACGCAGAUGCAGUUGUGUUUAUUCCAACUCAGAACAUUAAGCUUUAUGGCUUUAGCACAUAUGCUUCUAAGGACCAGCCCCAGUACGAAAUGAAGUAUGAAAUCACUAUCGACGGAACUGAGGUUGAGAAAGAGACUGUCACUGCCUCAGAAUGGGAGGAAGAAAUUUUUUACAGACACAAACUCAAUGACUCGUAUCAGGUGUCUUGUGGGCAGAAGAUUCAGAUAACUGUGUGGAUAGCUAAGAACUUGGCAAGCUUUGACUAUGUAACGACCUACUCAGGCAACCAUGGUUCAGAUUAUGCUUCUAUUGAAAAUGAACACAUGGGCAUGUUCAAGAUUGAAAAUGGCAGCUGCAGCAAUAAUGGGACAUCAGUAACUAGUGGACAUUUCCCUGAAAUAUUUUACUAUUUAGAGUAAUCCGGUGUCAAUCCUCAA